AUGGAGCGAUCCACAUCAACGCCUCCGUCCUCCUCACCUACAGUGCCUCCAUUAAGAACCGGGUUAUCACGACCUGUUGCCUUUGUUCCAAGUAGCGACAAUACACGAUCACUUUCACUACCACCUCCUUCAACAUCAAGUGGCGAUGACAUUGCCAAUCUGUACCGAUCCAUAGUUUCGUCGACAUCGUCACCAAGUAGUGAACCAGCUACUACCAGCAUACCUAUUGCAGAAGACAGCAAUGCAUCAUCAUCAUCAUCAUCAACUACCUUUUGUGCAGAAUGCAACAAACAAAUACCCGAGUCUACUAUGAAGGAGCAUAUCCAAACCGUUGCACAUAUGGUGAGUGCCGAGUAUAUGCGAUCGGUGGAUUUCCUUACUUUGAACCAAAGCAAUGUGGGCUUUCGCAUGAUGCAAACGCAAGGAUGGCAAUACGAAGAAGGAUUGGGAGCAUUGGGUGAAGGCCGACGCCAUCCUGUUGCCACGGUGCUCAAAAAGGAUCGAUCCGGCAUUGGCCAUAAACAUGAACCAAAGCGAGUGACACAUUUAUCACGGGACAUUGAACAGAACUUUAAAAAGGAGUUGCCACAACAACCAUCAGGGAAACAAUUAGCAAGGAAGGCUCGUCGUGAAUCAAAGCAACGGGUAGCGAUGUUGAAAUACAUGAAUGAAUGA